UAGAACGAUAAAGAGAAAGAGAGAGAGAGAGAAAGUCUCUCAAACGAGUAGAUGCCAUUUGAUUCCUUCUGUUUUUCUCAGCAGUAUGUCUCUAUAUAUACUCGUAUGUUUCCUUGUUGUUAACCAUAUAUACUAGUUAUUGUAGACUCAAAAAACCAAGAUUGGAAGGUUUUCUUCUCCCUCUCUCAACAAAAUGGUAAAAUCCCAUUUCUGAAUCUCGUGUUCUUCGUACCACGGAAGAAAGGUGGUGCCCGUACCCCCACCUUUCUCCGUCGAUCGAACAAGUUUCCUUUCUACUCAAAACUCUACUAUUAAAUGAACCUUUCACUAAUAAAUUUAUGUUGUAUAUGCUCCAACACCAGGGCAUCUGCAGAGAUGUUAAAACCGGAGUCGGAGUCAACCAAGAAAGGAGGCUUGGUGGAAAUAGAGCUGCACUUUUCGUUUAUGCUAUGGAGGGACUGGAGAACAUGGCAUUCGUCUCCAAUGCCAUAAGUCUUGUUACUUAUUUUAAUGGGUAUAUGAACUUCAGUUUAACGAAAUCAGCCACCUCGCUUACCAACUUCAUGGGAACUUCCUUUCUAUUAACACUGUUUGGAGGCUUCAUCUCAGACACCUUCAUAUCGAGAUUCAAGACUUGCGUCUUGUUUGGAUGCAUAGAAUUAUUGGGCUAUGGCAUCCUAACAGUUCAAGCACAUUUCCAUCAACUAAGACCGAUACCAUGCAAAGUUGUUGAGAAGCACCAAUGCGAAGCAGCAAAUGGUAGCCAAGAGGCAAUGCUUUUCACUGGACUUUACCUUGUUGCAUUUGGUACCAGUGGGGUUAAAUCUGCGUUGUCAGCCUUAGGUGCUGACCAGUUCGAUGAAAAUGACCCUAAAGAAGCAGUUCAUUUGUCUAGUUUUUUCAACUGGUUCUUGUUUAGCCUCACUGCUGGUGCUAUAAUUGGCGUCACUUUUCUUGUCUGGAUAAGCACCAACCGAGGUUGGGAAUGGUCAUUUGCUGUGUGUACUGUUGCUGUCUUGUUAGCUGUACUCUUCUUGUCCAUGGGGAAGUCCUUGUAUCGAAUUAAUGUGCCCAAAGGAAGCCCCAUCCUUCGCUUUGCACAGGUAUUUGCAGCCGCAAUACGGAACCGAAACCUUCCAAUACCAGAGAAGACAGAUGAAUUACAUGAAAUUCAUGACAAGCAAGAAGAAAUCCUGGAAAGAACUGAUCAAUUCAGGUUUCUUGACAGGGCAGCAAUUGUACGGACCAAUAAUGGCGCAUCAACAUCGAUGGCCCCUGGACCCUGGAGACUAUGCACAGUUACACAAGUUGAAGAAACAAAAAUCCUACUUCGCAUGUUACCAAUUAUACUUAGCACAGUCUUUAUGAACACAUGUUUGGCUCAACUCCAGACUUUUACAAUCCAACAGAGCACCACAAUGGACACAAGUUUUAUUGGCUUCCACAUCCCUGGCCCCUCAAUUCCAGUGAUACCUCUGCUUUUCAUGUUUUUUCUGAUCCCCAUAUAUGAUCGCAUUUUUGUUCCAUUGGUUCGGAAGAUCACAGGAAUCCCAACCGGAAUUCGAUACCUUCAACGUAUUGGAGUAGGGCUAGUGCUUUCAGCAAUCUCCAUGGCAGUUUCUGGCAUUGUGGAAACACACCGCAAAUCAGUAGCAAAUGAACACAAUAUGGUAGACUCUACAGAGCCUUUGCCAAUGAGUGUGUUUUGGUUGGGGUUCCAAUAUGCCAUUUUUGGAGCAGCUGAUAUGUUUACUUUGGUUGGUCUGUUAGAAUUUUUCUACGCAGAAAGCUCGGCUGGGAUGAAAUCAUUAAGCACAGCCAUCUCAUGGUGCUCCUUAGCUUUUGGGUACUUCCUGAGCUCAGCGGUCGUGGAGAUAGUGAACAAAGCUAGUGGUGGAUGGUUAGCUAGUGACAAUUUGAACAGAGACAAGUUAAACUACUUCUAUUGGUUAUUGGCAGGGGCAAGCGUGGUGAAUUUUGUAUUUUACUUGGUAUGUGCAUCUUGGUAUAGAUAUAAGAAGGUGGAAGUGAAGAAAGUAGAAAGUUCUGGCGAAGGUGAUGCCAAGGGAAAGGUCGAAUUGAUACAAGUUUAAAAAUGUUAGAGCAAAACAGUAAAAUUCCAAUAGUUUUUCUUCCCAAGGUUGUUUGUUUCUAUGUUGUUGUAUUGGCCUACACUUAAAGUCCUUUUUUAAAGUAUGAUAAAAACAUAUAUAACUACGAGAAAAUAAGAGAAAAAUAUAUAUAUUGUGCACCGUUGUUGUAUAAUGUUGACCAUUAAACUUGAGAUCCAGCAUGAAUAAUAAACCAUUAUCUUAAGAUUUCUCAAAAUAAAGUCGUUACAGUCCAACCAUGAGUAAUACAACCAUUAAGAUUUUUUUGCAGGAUUGUGU